UCUGUUCUACAGGGUUCUAUGGUCAGCGCUGCAGUCAGUCCUGUCCUCAGUGUAUCCAUAGCGAUGGUCCCUGUCACCACAUCACAGGACACUGUGAGUGUCUGUCAGGAUUCUGUGGCUCUCUGUGUAACCAAGUGUGUCCCAGUGGCAGGUAUGGGAAGGGCUGUGCAGAGCUGUGUAUGUGUAGUAACAACGGGACCUGUAACCCCAUCGAUGGCUCCUGUCAGUGCUACCCAGGAUGGAUCGGAGAGGACUGCUCUACAGUGUGUCCCCAGGGUGCGUGGGGUCCAGACUGCAUCCAUACCUGUAACUGUCACAACGGGGCUCAGUGCAUCGCUACAGACGGACAGUGUAGCUGCAGCGCAGGGUGGAGCGGACUCUACUGUACACAACGUUGUAGUUCAGGGUUCUUGGUACACUGCUCUGAGGUGUGUCAGUGUCAGAACAUGGACUGUGACCACAUCACUGAGUGUCGUCCCGAGUGUCGUCCCGAGUGUCGUCCCGGUACGUUUGGCUACGGCUGUCAGCAGCUGUGUGUGUGUAUGAACAACGCCACCUGUGACUAUGUGACUGGAACCUGCUACUGCAGCAUCGGAUACAAAGGCAUCCGCUGUGACCAGGCUGCCCUGAUGAUGGAGGAGCUGAAUCCUUACACUAAGAUCAGCCCGGCCUUGGCAUCAGAGCACCAGUCAGCGGGCGCUGUCAUGGGCAUCAUCUUCCUCCUCCUCUUCAUCAUGACCGUGUUGGGGGUGGUGGUGUGGUGGCGGCAUCACCAGAGAGAGAAAGGAGGGCAGCACAUGCCCAGUGUGUCCUACAGCCCUGCCCUGAGGAUCAGCAGUCAGGGUUACUCCCUCUCUGACUACAUGAAGGGUUCCCUGUCCAGCACCUGCUCUCUGAACAGUGAGAACCCCUACGCCACCAUCAAUGACCCGCUGGCCGUGGCCUGUAAACACACAGAGAGCAGCUAUGUAGAGAUGAAGAGUCCUGUCCACCACGACAUGUCCUACUGCUCCUCUGCUAUAGUCACCACCACCGCCACACACACCGUCAGCAAGAACGUCUAUGAUGUGGAACCCAAGGUGAGUGUUCUCCAGGGCUGUAACGGUGUGGUGGUUCCCACGUACCCUCAGAACCCGUACGACCUCCCCAGGAACAGCCACAUCCCCAGCCACUACGACCUGCUGCCCCUGAGACACAGCCAGAGCUACAGCCCUACACACAGCCAGGACCACAGCCACCAGAGCCACAGCCCACCCUUGCCCGGCAGCCCUACCAGCUCCCUGCUAUAGACAGACCACUCCCGAACGCUGGGCCGCGACCUUAGACCUACCAAAGUACCAGUGCAACAUCAAUGUUGGUGGACAUACUAGAUGAUAUACCAACAGAAGCUCUGUGUGGACUCACUGCUGUGUGGACUCACUGCUGUGUGGACUCACUACCGUGUGGACUCACUACCGUGUGGACUCACUAACGUGUGGACUCACUACCGUGUGGACUCA